GGCCGCGCCUCGCGGGAGCGGCGGGCCCGCAGCGGGGCCAUGCUGGGCAAGGACUACAUGCUGGCCAUCAUCCUGGUCAACUGCGACGACAACCUCUGGAGUGACCAGAGCCUGGAGACGGACCCUGACCUCCCCACAGGCUGGAGGAAAAUCCGUGAUUCUCUGGGCACCUACUAUUGGCAUGUGCCCACUGGCACAACACAAUGGCAGCAUCCAGCUUGCACCACUGGCCCAGGCAGGAGCCUGGAGCCCGACGGAGAGGAGAUGCUCCAGAAAAUGGACCAGCAGGCCUCUCCAAUGAAUCAAUCCUUGAAGGACAGGCCCAUUCCCAGUCCUAUGGCUUCCCUGCCCAGGAGGACGUCACUGCCCUGGCAUGGAGAUGACUUCCAGCACCGCGCUGAGCCCGGCUCCAAGUGCUUCGCCGUGCGCUCAUUGGGCUGGGUGGAGAUCCCCGAGGAGGACCUGGCCCCUGGUAAGAGCAGUAUCGCCGUCAACAACUGCAUCCAGCAGCUCUCCAACAGCAAGAGCCAGGGCCAAGGCUCUGUGGGCAGUCGGGGUGAGGCCCAGAACCUAGUGAUGAUCCUGAAGAAGGACACCAUGAGCCUGGUGGACCCUCUGGACCACAGCCUCAUCCACUGCCAACCCAUCCUCAACAUCCGUGUCUGGGGUGUUGGCUGCAACAACGGCAGGGACAGGGACUUCGCAUUUGUGGCCAGUGACAAGGAUACCUGCGUGCUCAAGUGUCACGUCUUUCACUGCAACGUGCCGGCCAAGGGCAUCGCCAAGGCACUGCAUGAAAUGUGCUCCAAGAUUAUGACCGAGCGAGCUGUAGCAAGCAGUAGGCUCCCACGGGCCAUCACCUUGGAGCCCAUGUUCCCUGACGAUCUGCCACUACAAGUGGACAUCCUGGACGCUGUCAGACAGUCCAUCCAGAAGUACGAGGCACUGUAUAUAGGCAGCCUGCCUGUGCCCAGGGCCAUGGGGAUGGAUGUGCUGAACGAGGCCAUUGAGAGGCUGAUGAGAGGCCCUGGACGGGAGCGCUGGACACCCUCCCUCAUCAGUGUGUCAGACACGGCCAUGAGGGCGCACCCAGCACGGGAGGAGGCGGCGGCCGGGCACAUCUGGGAGUGCCAGGUUCGAUACGUGACCUUCAUCGGCGUGGGCAGGGACGCGCACACCUUCGCCCUCAUCGUGGACACGGGACGGCGCUUCCAGUGCACGGCGUUCUGGUGCGAGCCCGACGCGGGCACCAUCUCGGAGGCGGUGCAGGCAGCCUGCAUGGUGCAGUACCAGAAGUGCCUGCGGUGCGUGUUCCCUGCAGGCACUCCUCCGGGCCCCGGUGCCCCUGCCGCCUCCGCAGGCUCGCCCCCCAAAUCGCUGGGGCCUCCCCCGCUUGGGCCUGUCCACCCUGCCCUGCGGACAGGGAGCGUGAGGCCAAAUGCAGAGGAGCCCCCAGAGGACUGCAGUGUGCCCGCGGACGCUGUCCUCAUCCCGCUGCACAAGGCCCUGGAUGCCUGCCGGCCCACGGUGCAGAAACAAGUGKGUGAGGACAUUGGGCGGCGGCUCACAGUACUCGGGGACAUGUGGGCUCAGGGGAAGCUCUCAGCCCCUGUGAGGAAGAGGAUGAACCUCCUGGUUCAAGAGCUGCAGCAGUGUUCGUGGGACGCGGCUGAUGAGAUCCACCGCUCACUCAUGGUGGACCAUGUGAACGAGGUGAGCCAGUGGCUGGUGGGUGUCAAGCGCCUGAUCGCCGAGAUGAGGAACCUGCCCACGGGGGAGCUCACUGAACCCCAGGAUGACAAGACUGAGAUGCCGCCUCACCAGGAAGUUGCCUGAUGCAGACUGUGGGCAGCGCAGCGUGUGGUGGGGCCACUGGGAGGAGAGGGCCCCUUCGUGCCUGAGAAGCUGUGGCUGUCUCCUCUUGUUCCUAAUCCAUUCUCGGAAAAAGGGAGAAAUUUAAUCUCCAUGGCAUUUUAGUGGUGAUUCACUU